AUGUCUUCGUGGAAUCGAAAUGGGGGAGCGUGGAGCGAAGCUAACUGCACAUUAGUGGCCCCUUAUUUUACUUGCAAGACUGCCACAAUCAAAUCAAGGAAUCGCAAAGGUGGUCAGGGACACACUCGUAACGUUAAUACUCAAGGAGAUAAUCAAAAAGUAAAGAAUAAUCAGGGAAGCGGCAAAAAAGUAAUGGAUAAAGGAGGGUGCCAAAGAGGAGGAGGCCAAACAGUGAACCCUUGUCUAGAAGAUGGCAAAAAUGUAGAGGAUGGACAAGAAGGUGACGACUACAUAAGGGAUUAUGCAGGAGGUCGCAAAAAAAGCAAAGAUUAUGAAGAUGAGGAAGAAGAAGAAGAAGAAGAGGUGGAUUACAUGCAGUGGAAAAGUUUCUAUGAGGAUAAUAGAGUACCUGAAUCUUUACGUCAACAAUAG